UUUUGCAUGUACCUAAGUGAUUUGCAUAAGCCAGUGGCUGGGGGCUUGGGAACCCGAGCGUGCAACCCUAGAAGGGAAAAGGACGGGAGGAGGUUGAGCCGCGGCUGCGAGAGAGCGAGAAAGAGCUCGGGUGUUUGUGCGAGAGCCGGGCGGGGGCUGGGGCGCGGGGCCGGCAUGGCUGAAGGCUGCGCUCCGCAACCUUGAAGAGCGGCUGCGGCAGGAGGCCGGGGACCGGGAGGCGGGUUCGAUGGCAGAGCGCGGCCCCCGCAGCUGCGCCCGGCCAGGCCGGCUGGCCUGAGCCGCCGGAGGAGCGGGACUGCCUCUGCGCGUCCAUGGAGCAGCGGGAAGGGCGAAACUCCGGAGCGCCGCGUCCCUGCGCUGCUGCCGCGGGCCGUUGAAGGGGCCGAGCCCGCGCUACUGCCGAGAGAGGAGAGCCCCCGGCCCAGCCCGCAGGCCUGCCGCCCGUGGCGGCGGGGGGCGUCGGAGGGCGGCGGAGGCGCGCCGAGCGAGCGGCGCCGCGGGAGAGGCCGGCGCGGGAGGCGGCCGCAGCAAUGCCGGGCCCGCUGGGGCUGCUCUGCCUCCUCGCCCUGGGGCUGCGCGGCUCGGCCGAGCCCAGCGGCGCGGCGCCGCCUCUCUGCGCGGCGCCCUGCAGCUGCGACGGCGACCGUCGGGUGGACUGCUCCGGGAAAGGGCUGACGGCCGUGCCUGAGGGGCUCAGCGCCUUCACCCAAGCGCUGGAUAUCAGUAUGAACAACAUUACUCACUUACCAGAAGACGCUUUUAAGAACUUCCCUUUUCUAGAGGAGCUGCGAUUGGCUGGCAACGACCUUUCUUUUAUCCACCCAAAGGCCUUGUCGGGGUUGAAAGAACUCAAAGUUCUAACUCUCCAAAACAACCAGUUGAAAACAGUACCCAACGAAGCCAUUCGAGGACUGAGUGCUUUGCAGUCUUUGCGUUUAGAUGCCAACCAUAUUACCUCGGUGCCCGAGGACAGUUUUGAGGGGCUCGCCCAGCUGCGGCAUCUGUGGCUGGAUGACAACAGCUUGACAGAGGUGCCUGUGCAUCCACUCAGCAAUCUGCCGACUCUGCAGGCUCUGACCUUGGCUCUCAACAAAAUCUCCAGCAUCCCUGAUUUUGCAUUUACCAACCUUUCCAGUCUGGUAGUUCUGCAUCUUCAUAACAAUAAAAUUAAAAGCCUGGGUCAACACUGUUUCGACGGACUUGAUAAUCUGGAGACCUUGGACUUGAAUUAUAAUAACUUGGGGGAAUUUCCUCAGGCUAUUAAAGCCCUCCCCAGCCUGAAAGAGCUGUUAUUUCACAGUAAUUCUAUUUCUGUUAUCCCUGAUGGAGCAUUUGAUGGUAAUCCACUCUUAAGAACUAUACACUUGUAUGAUAAUCCUCUAUCUUUUGUGGGGAACACAGCAUUUCACAAUUUAUCUGAUCUGCAUUCCUUAGUCAUUCGCGGUGCGAGCAUGGUGCAGCAGUUCCCCAACCUGACCGGAACUGUCCAUCUGGAGAGUCUGACCUUAACAGGUACGAAGAUAAGCAGCAUAUCCAGUAAUUUGUGCCAAGAACAGAAGAUGCUUCGGACUUUGGACUUGUCUUACAAUAAUAUAAAAGAUCUUCCAAGCUUUAAUGGCUGCCAUGCUCUGGAAGAAAUUUCUUUGCAACGUAAUCAGAUCCACCAGAUCAAGGAAGGUACUUUUCAAGGCCUGAUAUCUUUAAGGAUUCUGGAUCUGAGUCGAAAUCUGAUCCAUGAAAUUCACGACAGAGCUUUCGCCAAGCUUGGGUCAAUAACUAACCUAGAUGUAAGUUUCAAUGAAUUAACGUCAUUUCCAACGGAAGGCCUAAACGGGCUGAAUCAGCUGAAACUUGUGGGCAACUUCAAGCUGAAAGAAGCCUUAGCAGCAAAAGACUUUGUUAAUCUCAGGUCUUUAUCUGUACCAUAUGCUUAUCAGUGCUGUGCAUUUUGGGGUUGUGACUCUUACACACAUUCAAACACAGGAGAUAACAGCCUCCAAGACCACAGUGUGGCAAAGGAUAAAGGUCCCGCUGAUGUAGCAGGGGUCACAAGCAGCGCUGCAAGUGAGGAACACAGUCAAAUCAUUAUCCACUGUACACCCUCGACAGGUGCUUUUAAGCCCUGUGAGUAUUUACUGGGAAGUUGGAUGAUCCGUCUUACCGUGUGGUUCAUUUUCCUGGUGGCGUUGUUUUUCAACCUGCUCGUCAUUUUCACAACAUUUGCAUCGUGCACAUCCCUGUCUUCCUCCAAACUGUUCAUAGGCCUCAUAUCUGUGUCUAACCUAUUCAUGGGAGCCUAUACGGGCAUCUUAACUUUUCUGGAUGCCGUGUCCUGGGGCCGAUUUGCAGAAUUUGGUAUUUGGUGGGAGAUCGGCAGCGGCUGCAAAAUAGCCGGGUUUCUUGCCGUUUUCUCCUCAGAAAGUGCCAUAUUUUUAUUAAUGUUAGCAGCGGUCGAAAGAAGCUUAUCUGCGAAAGAUAUGAUGAAAAAUGGGAAGAGCCGCCACCUCAGGCAGUUCCGGGUAGCUGCGCUCUUCGCCUUCCUGGGCGCCGCGGUGGCAGGCUGUUUCCCACUCCUCCAUGGCGGGGAGUAUUCGGCCUCCCCCCUGUGCUUGCCUUUUCCCACGGGAGAGACGCCGUCCUUAGGCUUCACCGUCACCUUAGUGCUGUUGAACUCGCUGGCAUUCUUAUUAAUGGCCAUUAUCUACACUAAACUCUACUGCAACCUGGAGAAAGAAGACCUGUCCGAGAACUCCCACUCCAGCACGAUUAAGCACGUUGCCUGGCUCAUCUUCACCAACUGCAUCUUCUUCUGCCCGGUAGCUUUUUUCUCCUUUGCGCCCCUGAUCACGGCCAUCUCCAUCAGCCCCGAAAUAAUGAAGUCUGUUACUCUGAUAUUUUUCCCACUGCCUGCCUGCCUGAAUCCAGUCCUAUAUGUUUUCUUCAACCCAAAGUUUAAAGAAGACUGGAAGUUACUGAAGCGACACAUGACCAGGAAAAGCGGGUCCGUGUCCAUCUCCAUCGGCAGCCAAGCCGGCUGCGUGGAGCAGGACUUCUACUACGACUGCGGCAUGUACUCGCACUUGCAGGGUCACCUGACCGUGUGUGACUGCUGCGAGUCAUUUCUCCUGACAAAGCCCGCGUCCUGCAAACACUUAAUAAAAUCGCACAGCUGUCCCGCCUUGGCAGUGGGUUCUUGCCAAAGACCGGACGGCUACUGGUCCGACUGCGGCACGCAGUCUGCCCACUCCGACUAUGCGGAUGAAGAAGAUUCCUUUGUCUCGGACAGUUCGGACCAGGUGCAGGCCUGUGGGCGAGCCUGCUUCUACCAGAGUCGAGGGUUCCCCUUGGUGCGCUAUGCUUACAAUCUACCAAGAGUGAAAGACUGAAUCGAUGUCUUUGUGACUGUUUCCCCCAUGAACCGAAACCACAGUGUUGAUAGCAUGAACCCUAGUCUGACCCUUCAUCUGAGAAGCACCUCUGUGAUCACUGCCUGGUGUCACUUAGAAGAGGAAGGUGGCAGUUUGUUUCUUAAACCAGACCUUUUCAAAGAACAAGUGCCUAAACUAUCAACUGAUGAAAAACACAGUGUCCAAGCAAUGGGUAGUCUAUUUGAAACAAAUUUAUAACUUGAAAAAGAUUUUAUGUAUAUCACAGCAAUAUAACGUUAGGUUUUUCUGAUCCAUAAGAAGCAAAUUUAUACCUAUUUCUGAAUUAAGCACGAUAAAGAACAGCUGUUAAUAUUUUUUUAAGAAUAUUUUAAAUGGUGAUUUUUGCAUAACUGAAGAAAAAGUCUUGCUAAUUUUACCUAAUGUUUCAUCAUUAAUCUCAGGACAACUUACUGCAGGGCCAAAAAAAGGGAUUGUCUCCCAGGUAAGACUCUGAGAGUGUAUGUAGGCAUUACCUUCUUGCAUUUCCUAUUUCCAUCUUUGGCAUAAUAGAAUCAUCAAGUUUAAGAGAUUUAUAACACCUAAAACCUGAAGAUGUUUUUAAAACAAUAUUAACAACUGUUAAGAUUUUUAAAAGAGUAGACGAAUACAUUUGUUUUCAGUCAUUAUACAUUGCUUUGUUUUGAUCACAGUAAUUUUUUCUUCAGUGUUUUGUGAUCAUACUACCAGGAAAAAGUAAAGGGCUAAUUGCUUGGGUGGGUUUAGUAGAUUUGGCGAAACUACUAACGUGGGAUUUUAAUAGCAUCAGAGGGAUUUGAUCGUGUAAUGUUCUCAUUGAUAAAACACUUCCUAGUAUCAUUGGCUCUACCAGUACCUUCCAGUUUUGUUGGUACAUUAGCUACCUAUAGAUUGAAUUAUACUGAAAGUAAACUGUGGCAAAUGGUUUCAUUCAGUUGGAAGAAAUUGGGUCCUUAGGACACAAAGCACUUACAUUGAUUUCUUAGCGAGCUGGAUUCUCCUGAACCUAAGCUAUGGCGUGGAAGGUUCCAUACGUUUUUUUCCACUGACUGUGAUUUACAAGAGCCUGUGCAACAGCUCGGAAACUGUGUUCUUGUGAGACAAAAUAGAUACUACGUCACUAAGAAAAGAAAAAGGAACAAAACUUAGGCCUUUGUUUUUAAAAAUUAAAAAUUCUUACUUGAUUCUCAUCUAUGGACUUUUGACAUGUCAUGACGUGGAGUCUUAAAGUUAUAAAAAGUUCAGUAUGUUUUUUUUGAACAACUUGCUAAAUCAGUAGCAAACCCACUGCCAUAUUAGUUAUUCAGGAUAUACUAAAAACCAUUAAGCUAGAUUGCAGUUUAAUAAUUAAACUGUAUAUAAUGUGCAUAUAAUGAAUUUUUAUCUUAUGUAAAUUAUUUUUAGAACACAAGUUGGGAAAUGUGGCUUCUGUUCAUUUCGUUUAAUUAAAGCUACCUCCGAAACGAUAGUGGCUGCCAGUAGCAGAAUGUUAAAUUGUGGUUUAUAUACUUUUUGCAUUGUAAAUAGUCUUGGUUGUACAUUGUCAGUGUAAUAAAAACAGAAUCUUUGUAUAUCAAAAUCAUGUAGUUUGUAUAAAAUGUGGGAAGGAUUUAUUUACAGUGCGUUGUAAUUUUGUAAGGCCAACUAUUCACAAGUUUUUUAAACUGCUACCAUGUUUGUAUAUUUACACAUCUGAUAAAUAUUAAAUCGUAACUUGGUAAAAAAAAAUCUAGCUAAAAGUUUUUUUUCCAAAAGUCAUGUUACUGAAAACUUUCAUUGCAUUCAUUUAAAAAAUAGAAUAGCAGGUAUCUAAAAGAUGUGGUAAACUGUGCUAUGCAUAUGGUAGGAAAUACAAUAUUGUAUGCAGUGUCUUGAAUUAUUAAAGUUUCUGGAAAGCAAUCUAUUUGCCUUAAUUUAUAACUAGGUAUAUUAAUGAAUUUGCUUAGUGUUUAAGUAAGUAAAUUAAAGUGUUUUUAAGAGUAUUAGAAGAAAUGUUGGGAGAACACUUUGCUGAAAUUUAGAAGUGAGGUUGUUUUCUAUCUUAAGUCUGAACCAUACUCAUGGAAAACAAAUUGUGAAAUUUAAGAUAAUACCAUCAAUUAGAUCUUAUUUAAAAGCAAAUGAUUAAAAAACUGGCAUGAUUCCAAAGGCAGUCUAUUGCCCGAAUGCAGUAGUCCUCCCUUUCUUCCCUUAUCUGGGGUUUCACUUUCCAUGGUCUUAGUUACCCAUGGUCAGCCGCAGUCUGAAAAUACUGAAGGGAAAAUUCUGUAAAUAAACAACUCAUUAAGUUUUAAAUUGCA